CAUGCUCCUCUGACCCUGCAGGUGACAGGUGAAUUAACUGCUGCUUUGUGGACGCCUCUGCGCACCUGAGCAAAAGGGAAGAAGACAGGAAAAGCACAGGCUUGUGGAUGUUCAGGACUUUGAUUACAGCUUUCAGACUCGUUUGACCUGCUUGUUAAUGAUUAACAUUUAAGUGGAUGAGGAAGGACAUUUCUGAGAAGAAAUACAGAAGAACAGUUUAGUUUGUAUUGUGUAUUGAAACAGUACCCAGUGCUUGCUAUUUCCAUGUAUUUGUGAUUUUUUUUAAAGAAAUCACUUCAAGAAGCUAAUGGCUCAUUGGCGUUGAACUGAUUCUUUUAUUAAAAUUAAACAAUGAUGGACAGACCCUAUUCUGGACAGUCCAAGGAACAAAGAAUACAGAACAUAAAGGCAUCUUGACCAGCAGACAACUUUAUGAAUUUCAUGUUUUGGACAUUUUUGUGGCCAAUCAAGAGUUUGUAAGGACAUUUUUAUCGGCAAAUCAACAACUAAUGGAAGGACAGCAUAACUUGGUGCCAUCAUCAUGGCUACUUGCACUGCAGUUGUUUCUGCUGCUUCUGCCACUGACGGAGAGUGUGACCGUAGUACCAUGGAAACCCUGUACAGAUCUCCGUCCAGUGGACCUGUUGUCUCGGGUGCUGCCCCAUAACGGAGAGGCUCUGUCUGGGGUCCGAAUGGUGCAGGAGGGAGGCGCUCGUGGGGUCCAGUUCUUCAGUCCUACGCAGGCACUCACCUUUCCAUCGUCUCAGCUCUUCAUUAACUGCCCUCUCUUCCCUGCAGAAUUCUCCAUAGUGGCCACUGUAAAAGUGUCUCACACCAGAAUGAAGGUAUGCUUAUAAUGACAUCUAAUGCACAGAUCGGCAAAGGGUCAGAACCAUGUGUCCAAGUCAACUA